ACACACACACACCCGAGACAACACCACAUAGUACACUGCGAGAAAGCUUCAUUGCUCUUUCAGUUCUUCGUUGAGUACGUUUCUUGAUCUUCAAUAUACCUUGAGUUCUCGUGUUAUAAUAUAACUCAACAUUGAAUGUAACUUUAAUCAAAGUGUUUUCAAAUUACUCUUCUUUUUUUUUUUUGGUGCAUGUGAAAUGGAAUCAUCAGCUAUAAUUCUAUCGCCUCCGGCAUCACCUCAAUUAAAACAAAUUCACGUUGAACCAUUGCAGUCGACAUUCAGUGUUGCCGCAAUAUUAGGAGAGAAAGUCAUCGGCAAGAGAGGGUUUAAUGAAGAAAACCUGAAGCGAACCGAAGAUGGAAAUAAUCAUCUUGUAUUACCUCCAACGCCGCAAACGUCUGACUCUGAAGAAGACGAAUUGCCACGGAAAAAACGAUGUCUAGAACAAUGCGAAUUAGCAAAGCUUCUAUUGGAUGGGACACCGCCUGCAAGUCCAGAACCACCACGAGCAUCGGUGAUAAUGCGAGCAAAUCGUGACGGAACAUGUACUCCAGCAAAUAUAUUGGCUCCCAUAAUUCCUCAGCGGGAAAAAGUAACAAGUCUUCCAAUUCCAAAAUCAUCGCCAAUUCAGCCGGAAAAUAUUCUCAAGAGUCUCAAAUUCAAGAUGAGCCUGCGAAAAGAAGAAAUUAUUGUCAACAAUAAAAAUACUGAUCGCGAAUGCAUUCAACCAAAAUUACAGCCCUUGGCACCAAAACCAGCUCCAAUUACAAUGGUAGCGGGACUUUUAAGUUCAUCUAUUGUUUUACCAAGAACACCUCUUCUACUAGUGACAGCAUCCAAUUCAACAACAACAACCACAAAUACAACAUCAAUUACAGAGGCACAAACAUUAGCUCGUCGACGAGUUUACGAAUGUGAACAUCCUGGCUGUGAGAAAAAUUAUUUUAAAUCCUCACAUUUAAAGGCACACACACGUACACAUACAGGCGAAAGACCAUUUCCCUGUCCCUAUGAGGAUUGUGGACGAAGAUUUUCACGUAGUGAUGAACUCUCACGACAUAAACGAACACACACUGGCGAAAAAAAAUUCGCAUGUCUCGUUUGUCAACGACGAUUCAUGAGAAGUGAUCAUCUUGCAAAACAUGUUAAACGUCAUUCCAGGGAUAGAAAUUCCAUAUUAUCAUCACCAUCAUCAUCAUCAUCAACAACAAAUAUUCCCAAAGUCGUGCCUAGUCCACUGAGAGUUAGUCUUCUUCCAGUUUUAGCGCCAAGAAUUCAACAGCUAAUGACUUGAACAAAAAAAAAAAUUAAAACUCUGAGUACAAAAAAUUUGGUUGAAAAAAGUCUGAAUUCACACAAUAAUUGUGAAAUAAAAGAUAAAUAAUAAAAAGGGACCAAAAAGAAGGGAAAUAUCUAGUGAGAAGAUGAUAAAUUCAAACUAGACCUGAUUUUGCAUUUAUAUCUUAAUUUUUCCUAGUUUUUAAAAUUAGGAAAAAUUAAUAAUGGCCAGUGUUUGAGGUUUCUUUUGUCCUGAUGAAACAAAAACGUCACAGAAAAGACGUCAUUUUUCAACUGCGCUUCCGAUCAAUAUUUUCUAGUCGAAAAUUAGCAGCAAUUUCUGUUUUUGAAAAUUUUUUUCAUGAGAGAGUACUUAUGAAAACAAUAAUAAUGCGCGACUUAUGAAAAUAAGAAGAUCUCUACAGUGAUCGUGCAACUAAAACGAGUACCUAAGUGUGUCUGUGAUCUGCAUAAUGUUUUUAUAUAUAUAAAAAAAAAAAAAAUGGAAGAAAAAGAAAUAAUAUUUAUUGUGAAACUCUAAACGAAAAAUAGAGUCUGUAUAUAUUAUCUUUAUAUGCCUAAUAUGAAAAAUUAGGACAUCAUUAAAAUAAUUUAAUUUUUUUUGUUUCAAAUAACGACAUUUUAACUCCCAUGGAGAUUAUAAGACUUUAAUCCUAUUUUUCAUUUUUGUAUCUAUUUCGAGGAAAAAAAAAAAUUAAAUCUUAUAUACUUUCGUAUAAA